AUGCUAAAGCCCAUGGGUUAUGAAGUCAUUGCUCUCGAUGUUUUUGACGAAGCUAAAGAAGUCAUGACCAAAGAGCUUGGUGCCGAUUUUAUCAUCAAUCUUGGAGGCGAGAAAAAGUCAGUUGUCGAAAAGCUCAAUUCCAUUGAACCGAAAAAGCCAAUUGCGGCUUCGGUCAUUUUUGCUCCGGCGCUCCAAGCAGUCUCGGAUGCCAUCGAAUAUGUGUCUCCUGGAGCAACUAUUGUUACCGUAGCACUUCCAUCUGGUCACUUCAAAAUCGAUGUCGUCCAGCUCAUCCUGAAGGAACUUCGCCUCCAGGGUUCAAUUGUGGGUACGCCACGAGACCUUGAAAAAGCGUUCCGCUAUGUUGCUGAAGGAAAGGUCAAGGCUCAUGUAGCUGAGAAACCGUUCAGCUGUGCAAACGACAUAUUGAAAGAUUUGGAGGAAGGAAAAAUCAGAGGCCGUGCUGUGCUUCGUGUGGCUGAAAACUAG